GGUCCACUAUUCGAUGCCUCCCAGUAUCAGGAGCCAAGUUUGUGAAUGACAAGAAGGGAUUUGUGGCAGUUCUGCAGCUUUCAUUGAAGAAGGAGUUUUACCCAUGUGUCUAUAUUCAUCUUGGCUCCAAUGAUGUUCAAGCCAGAGAGGAUGUGUUUUAUAGGAGAGUCACUGAGGUAUGUGAUAGUAUCCACGAGACGAGUCCGGAAACUGAGAUUGUUUUAUGUUCUAUUCUGCCACGAAAAAAGAAUGACAGACGAGUAUCUUCAACAUUAGCGAGAGUCUUCAACAGAUGGAUCCAGAAUGCUAACACCAUGCUAAUGGACAUUUCAGAGGCCAUCCCAUACAUCAGAUUCCUUGGAUAUGGAGCUCAGGAAUGUGCUGAUGUGUUGGGUCGUGAUGGACUUCAUCUGAGUCGUGUUGGUGGUAGACAUUGUAGUCAGGUGAUUGAGGAGGAUGUGUAUUCCUGGAGUGAAAUAGCCUAUCAGCAGGAUGUACAUUGGAAUGAAGACAUACGCCAACCACAUUCAGCAGAGAUUGAUGCAUCAAGCUUUGACCAGUGCCUGGCAGCUGCUGUUGAACCAGUCAGUGACCAGAAUGUCCAGGCCAGCAAGCAGCCUCUGUACUCGGAAAUAGUCCGUUUGCAAGCAGCUGAAGUUCCAGAUGUUACCUCAGUGCAGCAUAAUGUGAAGUUACCAAGGCGCAAUGUAUUGAAGGUCUCUGUUAUAUCUGAGCAGUAUAAAGAUCACGUUGAAAUUCUGUUGACAUCUGAUGUAACGGUAAAGGUGAAGGCAGACAAUGUACAUAGCAUCUGGAUGUGCCCGAAAGAAGACGCCAUUACCACAAAGAAGCGCCUACCUGUCUGCUCUACAAUGACUGGAGUUAAGAAGAUAAACAAGAUGAAUUGGAUAUCGCAGAUCACGCCGAUUUCUCCAAAUUAA